AACCUUAAAACUUUCACAUAACACAUUAAAGCUACAUCAAACAGCAUUGAUACGAGAUCUCAGUAAAACAGCAACGAAUCCAGCCACAAAAUAUUAAGUUUUCUGUGGUAAUUCUAUUUGACUGAUUUUGGUUUAAUAAAAUGACUUCCGUUCAAAAAUGUGAAUCUCCAGGGUGCACCCAAAAUGCGAAUUUACGAUGUCCUACAUGUAUUAAAUUGGGGAUCGCGGGUUCGUUUUUCUGUUCUCAGGACUGCUUUAAAAACAAUUGGAAGUCGCACAAAAUUGUCCACUCAUUAGCCAGAGGACAAGGUGCAAAUGAUUCUCGUGAUACCGGGUUAUAUAACCCCUGGCCUAAUUAUAACUUUACCGGAAAAUUGAGGCCUUUUCCUCAAAGCGCUAAACGGGUGGUCCCUCUCAACAUAGACAGGCCAGAUUAUGCGGAUCAUCCACAGGGUUUUCCACUAAGUGAGCAAGCAGUAAAAGGAUCUGGACACAUCAAAGUGUUAGAUGAUGAAGAAAUUGAAGGAGUUAAAGUAGCCUGCAAAUUAGGUAGAGAGGUCUUAGAUGAAGCGGCAAGAGUUUGUGAUGUUGGAGUAACUACAGAUGAAAUUGAUCGUAUAGUACAUGAAGCAUGUAUAGAAAGAGACUGCUAUCCAUCACCACUGAACUAUUACGAGUUCCCCAAGUCAUGUUGCACAUCAGUCAAUGAGGUUAUCUGCCAUGGGAUACCAGACACUAGACCUCUUGAAGAUGGAGAUAUUUGUAAUGUUGACAUCACUGUAUAUCACAAUGGUUUCCAUGGAGAUUUAAAUGAAACAUUUUUUGUUGGUAAUGUUGGUGACAAAGUUAAGGACCUAGUCAAGGUUACCUAUGAGUGCCUCUCCAAGGCUAUAGAAAUAGUAAAACCUGGUGAAAAAUAUAGAGAAAUUGGAAAUGUCAUCCAGAAACAUGCUCAAACUCAUGGCUACUCAGUAGUUAAGAGUUAUUGCGGUCAUGGUAUUCAUAGACUGUUUCAUACUGCCCCCAAUGUACCUCAUUAUGCGAAAAACCGAGCUAUUGGAGUGAUGAAACCUGGUCAUUGCUUCACCAUUGAACCAAUGAUUUCAAUGGGAACGUGGCGAGAUGAAAUGUGGCCUGAUAAAUGGACCGCUGUUACAGUGGAUGGACAGUACUCCGCCCAAUUUGAGCAGACGUUGCUAGUCAAUGAGACAGGCUGCGAGAUAUUGACUCGUAGACGAGAAAAGAAUGGUCAGCCUCACUUUAUGGACAAGCUGUGAUUUGUUACACUUAAUCAUGAAAUGUUGACAUUUACAGAUCCAUAUGAAAUAUAAAAACUGUUUUAUUUGCAAUUGAAUAUCAAUAUGGUAAGAGGAGGUACAAUCCUCAGCUGAUUAUAUCAUUUCACAAGUUUUCGUCAAUCUACAUCAACCAUUUUUUUUUCAUAUCUCUUUGUAUGUGAAUAAAAAAAAUCCCUGUAUUUUUAUUAUUUAC